GACAGCGGGCCAUAGGAGGGAAAACAGGAGCACCCAAAAGGAGCGAAGAAGGAACAUCGAGUAGCUUCGCUACUCCCUUCUCAUCGUUGCCAAGAUGAGUGCCAUGAAAUUUUGCCGUGAAUGCAAUAACAUUUUGUACCCUAAGGAAGACAGAGAACAGAAGGUUCUUCUCUUCGCUUGCCGCAACUGCGACCAUCAGGAGGUUGCUGAUAACUUCUGUGUGUAUAGGAAUGAGAUACAGCACCCUGUAGGAGAGCGCACUCAGGUGUUGCAGGAUGUAGCUGCAGAUCCAACGCUUCCUCGAACCAAGUCUGUUCGCUGCACUCAAUGCAAUCAUGGUGAAGCUGUCUUUUUCCAGGCAACUGCUAGAGGGGAAGAAGGAAUGACACUUUUUUUCGUUUGCUGCAACCCAAACUGUGGACACCGAUGGAGAGACUGAAGUUUGUGCUUCCUCGGAUCAAGAUUCAAUGUUGGGGAGAUCUAACAUAUUUUAUUUGUAUUUGGCUUAGCUUAUUUUGAGAAGUUAAUCUUUUUUUUUUCUUGUCAACUUCCUGAAAAACUAAUGAAAAAAAAAACUGCUGCUCAAAAUCUAACCUAAAACAAAGAUGGGCUUUGUGGUCCACCCUAUGAUAGAGGAGAGAUAAUUUGUGGUUAUCUGAAAAAACAUGGCUGAUGCGGGGACAGUAAUACUGAUGUGUUGUUACCUACA